AUGCGCGCGUCGAUCCGACGCCAUGGCACCGACAGAGCGCAGACUGCAACGCCUGCCCCUGAUGGCAGAACAUCACCAUCCGGAACCGUCCUUUUAUCGAAGCCCAGGUCCACGAAAAGGAAAAGAGCUCCGGAGCUAGAUAGUGCUAUGGAGGAAACAAAUAUCAGAGUUGUGGUCCGAUGUCGAGGGCGCAAUGAACGUGAAGUUCGCGAGAACAGCGGAGUCGUUGUCUUGACGGAGGGAGUGAAAGGGACCAAAGUUCAGCUCUCUAUGGCAACCGGUGCGCUCAGCAGCAAGACCUAUCAAUUCGAUAAAGUUUUCUCGCCUGCUGCAGACCAAGGCAUGGUAUUCGAAGAAGUGGUCAAGCCAGUACUGGAUGAGGUACUCUCCGGUUUCAACUGCACGAUUUUUGCGUAUGGCCAAACUGGGACAGGCAAGACUUACACCAUGACUGGCGACAUGACAGAGGUUGUUCCCGCUCCGGAGGCAGCUGGCAUUAUCCCACGCGUCUUCCAUUCUUUGUUUGAGCGGCUUGGGGAAGAAAGUGCAGAAGCGUGCGAAUACAGCGUUAAGUGUUCCUUUGUUGAGCUAUACAAUGAGGAACUGCGCGACUUGCUGGCAACAGAUGACAAUGUCAAGCUCAAGAUCUUCGAUGAGGCGAACAGGAACGGCCGAACAACUACGCUAGUUCAAGGGAUGGAGGAGAGACACAUCAAAAAUGCCUCGAAAGGUAUACAGUUGCUGAGAGCAGGAAGCCACAAGCGCCAGGUGGCUGCAACACAGUGUAACGAUCUUUCUUCGCGGUCGCAUACUGUUUUCACUAUCACGGUGUACGUGAAGCAGGCUUCCGAUACAGGGCAUGAAUUGGUUUCUGCUGGCAAGCUAAACCUGGUCGAUUUGGCAGGCUCAGAGAACAUUCAGCGGUCUGGAGCGGAAAACAAACGAGCAGCAGAGGCUGGCUUGAUCAACAAGUCCUUGCUAACGCUGGGCCGUGUCAUUAAUGCACUCGUGGAAAAGAGCAGUCACAUUCCCUACCGCGAGUCGAAGCUCACACGACUGUUACAAGACUCACUCGGAGGACGGACCAAGACAUGCAUCAUCGCUACACUAUCUCCUGCAAAGAGCAACGUCGACGAGACGAUCAGCACGCUCGAUUACGCUUUCCGCGCGAAGAACAUCCGCAAUAAACCACAGGUCAGUCAAGUGGUCAGCAAGAAGAUUCUCCUUGCAGAAUUCACAACCGAAAUCGAAAGGCUCAAGUCUGAGCUCAUUGCCACGCGCCAACGUAACGGUGUGCAUCUGACACCUGAGACGUACGAACAGAUCACAACUGAAUCCGAGAGUCGUCGCAUUUUAGUCGAUGAGCAAAGUGAUAAGAUUGUGACUAUGGAGAGCAAUCUCCGUAAUAAGGUGCAGGAACUGUUCGUCCUUGGUACGAGUUUCAACAGUUUGAAGAAGGACAACGAGCGAACCAGAGAAUCGCUCGCGGAUGCCAAGACGGUUCUUGAACAGACGGAGAUUGUGCUUGCGCACACCAGACAGAAUCUUGGGGAAGAGAGUCAGUUGCGGAAGGCCCACCAGCAAAGCGAGGAACGACUAGCCGGUAUUGGAGAGGCAUUGAUUGAGACGCUCAACACCACAAAUGAUCACACCAAUCGACUGCACUCCAAAUUGCGUAGGCGCUCAGACUUGCAAUCAAUCAAUCGGGAAAAGUGGAAAGUGUCGCAGGCCCAUAUCGCGGAGACUACACUCGGAGUGUGUGGCCAGAUCGGGACCUUGCGUGACCAACAGGAGAAAUUAAUAGGCUCGCUCACGAAUCGCGUACGGUGCUUCGUCGAAACGGAACUUCAUAAGCUACGAGCGUCUCAAGUUUUCGUGCAAACUGAGGAAGUAGCAUUCAAAAACUCCGAGUCUGACAUGAACGCGCAGACUUGCAGAGUUAGAGAAGACAUGAACCACGUCCUGGAUGAUAUCGGGACCCUGCAGAAAGAUGUGAAACAGAGGGUCAGACUAAGUUUGAACGACUUGUCGACAGCAGCGCAGCACAUGAUCAAUGGUCUUGUGGCCGGUUUGGACUCCUUUCGCGAUCAGAUCGAGCACUCUUACAACUCGUUAGAGCAAGAGUCAAUUGGUGUCUUUGACGACCUUGUUAACAAAAUGAAUGAGCAACAAGCCGAGGUCGACAAAUUGCGCCAGCAGGUUGCACUGGCGAAUGCAAAAUAUUUGGAUUCCAGGAAAGCAUUUCACCAGCAGCUUGAGUAUGAAUUGGAGAAUGAGAAGAAAACCGCUGCCUCUGAGCGUGCGGCGCUGCUGGGCAAAAUCACGCAAAUUGUCAACGAAUCUGUCGCCGCCCAGGAGAUACGGAUGGACCAGUACGUUGGGAAUGCUAACAAGCGUAUCAAAGCAUCCGAGGACCAGUAUCACUGCGCUCAGUCGUGCUAUGGAAGUGGGAUGGACGCUUGGAACAGAGAUGCUCGCAUCACCAUCGAUUCCGCUAUCGGAGUAAAGGAAAAGGUCGCAAACAAAAUUCGUAGCGACUGGACAACUGCGCAGGCUCAAGUUGGAAAACUUGCCCGAGACACGACCGCUAUACGCGCAGAGACUACACGCAUUGUGAACGACCAAAUGCAGCAAAUAGAGCACCAGACAAAUGGGCUGGAUCAAAUCUUGUCGCGGGUUCGGGUGCAGCAUAACGAGCGUGAAGUCGCGCAAGCUGCGGCGAUCGGCCAGCUAGCAAGCAAGGUCCAGGACAGUUACCUAAGCAUUGGGCAGCAUCUCGAGAAUUCAUGUGAGCGGCUCAAAGUACUGGACGAUGAUGUGCGCGAGGGCGCUGGAGCCCUCUCAGAGACAUUACCUGUCCUGGACAAAGGGGGGGACCUCUGUCAAGCGCUCGGUCUCCUUCGCGACCAUAUCCAGUCAUCACAGAUCUGCGAGUACAUCGUAACCGGUGAUACGCCAGAGAGAUUGCGGUACAGCUUCCCAGCGGUGCUGCCUCGCACUGAAGCACAUACGACGCUACUGAAUCGCAUGCGCAGUCUGGCUGCCCUUCCUUCAGAGGGUCCCUUCCAGCAAGCCUCAUUCAUCCAGUCCGGCGAAUGA